CUUUGGCCUCUGGGCCCUGCAGCAGCAGGGUGGGGUUGCACAGCCUUGUGUUCCGCACAGACCAAAGGAAUGUGGAGCCUGACCGAAAGCCUCGUGGAGCUCCUGCAGGAAGACGACAGCGACGUGGUUGGGAUGACCGUCGCCGUCCUCAGCUACUUGUUCCUGUACAGUGGUGCCCCGAUACCCAGCCCCAUCGCCCUGCAGCUGGCUGAGGCCCUCCUGCCACUCUUUGACAACGAUGAUAGCCAGGUGCGGCUGCGCUCCAUGUUCGUCUUCCAAGAGAUGAUGCCUUUAUUAACGGCAAAGGGAAAAAAGGCCCUGAAGUCACACGUGCGCCAGAGCCUGCUCCCACUCUCCUUCCACUGCCAUGACGAGGACUGGCACGUGGCCAAUGCCUCCCGGGAAACGCUGCGUUGUGCGGCCAGCUUCCUGAAAAGGAGAGAUCUCGAACGCAUGCUGGACGUGGAUCAGACAUGGAGGUUCGGCGAGGGCCUGCUGGCAGAGGACAGGAGCCGAGCGGCCGAGCACUCGCGGCGGGCCCUGCCGUACCUGCGGAGCCCACAGGAGUCCCUGCGACAGGCGGCCAUCAGGUUCAUUGGCAUCGCCGGGCGGCACCUGAGGGGCCAGCAGGAAGAGCUCCAGCUCAUCUGCGAGGCCCUUGAAGACGCGUCCCGUGACAUCAGCCCUGCCGUUUCCAGCCUGGCGCGUCAAACAGCCUACGUCCUGCGGGCCCUGGAGAGAGCUCCGCGCUCCAUCUUCCAGGUGCUGCGAGAUGGACUCCGCAGGGCAUGCAGGACACGGCCUCGUCUGUCGGGCCGUGGCUAGCUGCAGUGCUGCAGCUCUGCAGCGACCUGAUCUGGGAGGCUCUCUCUGCUGGGGCCACCUGAGCCAGCGGGCAUUUUUCUUUCAGAUGGUUCUUUUCUUCUUUUGGUUUUUCCUUUAUAUGUAAAUAUAGAAUGUGUUUGUCUGAGAUUAAAAAUAGUUCAUGCCUCAACCAUC